CCAGUGUGGGUGAUGAUUCCUGGAGUUAAAAGAGACAGUGUCAACGUUACUCUAGAAAGCUCCUCCCACCACAGACUGGUUUUCAAACCAAGAGGAUUUUUCACGACGCCAUUUUCUUCACAUCAGUUGCAGGGAAGCAUGCUGCUUAAAGCAAAACUUGGAGGUGUGCAGAAAUUUGUUAGAGUAUCUGAGCCAAGCCUUAAGGAGUUUUUGAUUGCCGCAUUUGCAAAGUUUGGUGCGCCAGCCGUAACAGAAGGAGUGAAAGUUUUUGAUAGUUCAGGGACUGAGUUGGAUGAGGAUGUGUUUGAGAAUAUAGUAACAGAUCCCUCAACCGGGGUACUAACCAUCAAAUAUGAAACAGGUCUGGAAACAUCUGUUGCAGAAGUGUCUCCUGAGCAGUUCCAGUUAUCAUCGCCACAUUCAUCAGAUUCACAGGAUACGGUCAUCCUUUCAGACAGCCCUUUGAGGAAACGUCAGAAGCUGGAUGCAGAAGCUAAGCAAUUGGUGGAAUCCAUUCUCACAAGCAAACCUGGUGGAGAACGUAUAAUAAAUGAGUACAAUUGGACCAAGUCCCUGGUGGAUGAAACCAGAAGAAAAAUGGUCAACAUACUGGUAGCUGACAUGACAGAAAAAAAUGGUACAUCACCACCACGGCAGGUAAAAGAAAUGUGUGCCAGAGGAAUUGUAACCUUUUUCCCUUACCUCAGUGACCCGUACUCAAAAAAUGGCUAUGAACAUUAUUAUGAUGGCGAGAGUGGCACUGGGUACUUGGCCUGGAGGAUUAAAACCAUACAGAGAUGCACUGCUAAAGAGAGGCGAUUAACAUCUGGAGCACCAGGAGAUGGAUCAUUGGGUGAAGACCAGUGUGGUGGACCAACUGUCAGACGAGAGUUGCAGUUUGUUACAGAGAACGUGCUGAGUGAGGAUGAGUGCAAGGAAGCAAUCUCUCUGAUGAAACAUUCAGCUGAUGAAGACACAGUCAAGAAGAAGAUGAAGUUGACAUUUGUUUAUCGACACAACAUGGUCCUUGACCCCCUGCUGUCAAGCAACAUACUGUCUGUGUUUCCACGUUUCAAAGAUAUCAAAGGCUUGAUCGAACAGGAUUUUGUACUGAUGUUUGGUGAGGAUGUAUCAGGCAGGUUGCUGGAGAGGUGGCCAACAACAUUCAAAAGAAAGAUUAUCCAACAAGGCAGAAAGCUUCCUUCUACCAGUGACCUGGAAGAACUCUUGCUGGCAGCUGACUCUCCUGAGGAUGCCACUGAAGUUAAUGCUGACAUUGGCUGGGACAGUGACCUCUCAGCGAUUCUAUUGCUAUUACAUUUGAUUCCACCAUCUGGUCAGGGUCGGAAGAGACCAGGAAAGGUGUCAGCUUCUCAAGCAGAAAGGCAUCUUGUGGUCUUCAAGAAGACUGGAACAAAUAUCCAAGAGCACCUUGAUGCCAUCACUACCAGCACUCAACCCUACCUCCUGGCUGUUGGGGUGAAAAAGCAUGACAUCCACCAGUUCUUCAUUAUUCUUGACAAGAAUGCCAUACCAUGCAAGUCUACCUCUUCACUUGGUGCUUUUGAUGAACUGUUUAAAGCACAUUUUGUGUUUGGCACAUCUUACAACACCAUGCUUCACAACAUGUACACAUUCAUCCAAACCACUGUGUACAAUAUAGAUGUUGGCAAAAUCAAAGAAAGUCCCAGAGUUGCUGAAAUAAGGACAAGGUUGCUUCUUUAGGGCUUGAAGGUUAAUUCUCCAUCAUGAAGUGUUUUGUCUGUCAGGCUGAGUUUACUGGUUCAAACAUGCUUGUUAGGCAUUUACGGUUAGUCCAUGGUUACUUACCCGGAAGGAAUCUUCGCCUUAAAUGUGCCCAGCGUGACUGUGGCUGUGUGUUUGGCACUUUUUCAGGUUUUAGAAAACAUUUAAAUACCAAACACCUUAACUAUUUCGACCAACAGGCUGACACUGAUGUUAAUUUACAGCCUGAUGUGGCAAUUAAAGAAGUUAUCACUACAGGGCAGGUGGUGUCAACUAAUGUAGAAGAAACACCCACAACAUCUGAAAUGUUGAAAAGUUCAAAUAAGAGCACUUUGGAUAUGUGUGCCUCUACUGUUGCACAGCUCAGGGCAGCUGGAUUAAGCCAAUCUACUGUGAAUAGUUUUGUCUCCUCAAUGGAGGAAGUGUUUUUUGAGAUUCAUACUCAGGCUAAAGAUGCAGCUUUACAGAGCUUACCUUCACAGGACACUUCAAGUAAAAAGAAAUUAGAGCAGUCAUUCAAAAACUUUGAAAACCCAUUCACACUGUUAAAUUCAGAAGCUAAAUGAAAUAGGCACUUUAAACAAAAAUGGGCAACUGUUGAACCUGUUGAAAUGGUGCUUGGCACAAGAUUUGACAGUAGAAGAAACAAGAUCACAGGGACUUUUGAUCAAGUCAUUGUAACCGAUAGGUUUGCAUAUGUUCCUAUUUUGGAAACACUGAAAACUAUCUUUCAAAACCACCAUGUUGUCGACAUGUUCAAGUCGAGGAAUAUGUCCAGAGAAGGUGUGUAUGCAGACUUAAUCGAUGCUGCCUAUGUUAAAAGAUGUCCCCUAUUUUCUGCAGAAAAAGAUGCCUUACAAAUUCAACUGUUUUAUGAUGACUUUGAAACUGCAAAUCCCCUGGGCUCUAAAAAGGGUGUACAUAAAUUAGGUGCAAUAUACUUUACACUAAGGAAUUUUCCUCCAAUCUUUAAUUCGUUGUUGGUCAAUAUUCA